AUGACGGCUCUAAAGAUUGUUGGGAAUGAUGCUACAUUAUUUCCUAUUGUUGCUCGAAUUCUUGAUUCGAUGCAUAACUUGGUGGAUCCUAAAAAUCAAUUGCCUGUGCAGUAUUUGGCUUCAAUCGAUUCUACUCCAACGCGUGUUCUUCCAGAAAAGGUUUCUCAAAAAGUAAUAGAAGGACCAUCGAAAGGAUCUAAGGCUCAAAAUACUAAGAAAAAAGCAGAAAAGCCAAAAGAAGGACAUAAGGCGUUUGUUAAAGAAACAAUACCCAUGAAGACUAGUAAAGGGGUACUCAAACGAAUCAUGAAACCAUCAAAGAAAACUUCUGAUUUUGCAACCACGAAACCUACUCAAGAGCCAGACCCGGUUGUCAAGACUGAUAAGUGA